UCUUCUCCCGAUUUCUUCUCCUGCAUAACCUCUCCUGCAAAAUCACCAACUCAAAGAAACCCAAAAUUAGAAAAAAGAAAAAUAACGAGAAAAAGAAAAAAAAAACAAAAUAUUUGAUUAGACAAAGGAAAUAGGAAAUAGCAAUCCACAGAAAAAUCGGUUGAAAAUCCCAUCUGCAGAAGGAAGAAGGCAUCAAUGGAUUCCAACAAAUCCUUGCUGCAUUUGUUUCUUUUCUUCCUUGUUGUUGGCAUUGCAUCUUCUUCCCACAUUUCAAAUGGGAUUUUUGAACCGCACAGAUCAAUUGGUCGUUCGCUUCUGCAGCAGAAAUCAAGUUGCGCCGUGGAUUUCGAGAACAUGAACUACACAGUGAUCACAAGCCAAUGCAAGGGGCCAAAUUACUCAGCAGGUAGAUGCUGCCCUCCAUUGAAGCAGCUGCUCUGCCCUGUGAAAGACCAAAUCAACGAUCUCAAGAGCGACUGCGCCGACGUCUUCUUCAGCUACGUCAACCUCUACGGCAAGUACCCGCCGGGGCUCUUCGCCUCCCUCUGCAAGGAGGGCGAGGCCGGGCUCGACUGCAAAGGCGUUAACGUCUCCAAAAAUGGGGCUGCUUGCGCUGCUUGCUCCUCCUAUCUAGUCAUGAUCAUUGCUGCACUAGCAUUCAUGCUUUUCUGCAUUGUGUGAUGUGUGUGUGUGCUUGUAGUUUCUUUGGGCCUAUUUAUGGGUUGAUUAUUUGGAAGAAAAGAUGCUUGUGUUAUAUUUGGGA